AUCCAUUCUCAAACUCUCUCCCCGUUGUUAUUUCUCCCUCACUUAUUCUUUCUCUCCGCCCAUCCUGACCAAGCGGCCUCCUCCUCCUCCUCCUCCUCCUCCUCUUUCUCCCUCUCUAUCUAUCACCUCUUGCCUCCUGUUACCAUCCCUCUUUUCUGCAACAAUUUGCUCUACUUUUGUGCACGCUUCAUCAUGAUGCAUGUGGGCAGCCUCUGGGGUCUCUCCUUGGUCCUAUGUCUAAGUUUAGGAAGGACAAAGGCUCAGCAGAGCAACUUCACCAGGCCAGUGUUUCUCUGUGGAGGGGACCUAGUCGCAGACUCAGGCUUUGUUGGCAGUGAGGGCUUCCCAAACUUCUACAAACCUAACAGUAAAUGUAGCUGGCGUAUCACAGUCCCAGAGGGGAACGUGGUCAUGCUCUCCUUCCGCAUCUUUGACCUGGAGGCUGACUCACAGUGCCGCUAUGACUAUCUGGGUUACAAUGGCCAAUCCAACCUGGUGCAAAAACUAGGUCGCUUUUGUGGAACUUUCCGGCCUGGCGCUCUUAUUUCCACAAACACGAUGAUGCUGGAGAUGGGGACUGACGGAGAGACGCAGGCCAGAGGCUUUGUGGCCUACUUCAGUGGAGCCAAACCAUACGUAGAUGACCAACAGUUCUGCGGUGGGAAGAUAACAAAGUCCCAGGGAGAGAUCAAGACCCCAAAUUGGCCUGACAAGAAAUACCCAGCAGGAACCAGCUGCUCCUGGCUUAUCACCGUGGAGCCUGAUAUGGUGAUCCAGGUGAAGUUUGACAAGUUUGUCCUGGAGGCGGACACUUAUUGUCGAUUUGACUAUGUGGCGUUCUUUAAUGGAGGAGAGAAGGAUGAUUCACGCCUCAUUGGAAGAUACUGUGGUGAUCAGGCCCCACACCCCAUUGUCACCAGUGGCAACGUGCUCCUAGUCCAGUUUGUGUCUGACCUCAGCGUGACAUCUGAUGGCUUCCUUGCAUACUACACCAGCGUCCCACGAGGUUCACAGAUACCAACAGUCGACGCAGCCCCUGGUACAAGAUCAAUCCCUCACAUUCCUGCAGUAAAACCUGUUGUACCUGAGCGCACCAUCACCACUCCACGACAACCCGCCCCCACAGAGAAACCUAGACCAGUGAAGCCGACCAGAGGCCGUGGCCAGGGCACAACAAGCCAGGGCACCACAGGCCAGGACAGGAGGGUACCUGUGACAAGGCCCAAUGGAAAGAGGCCAGUUCCUCAAAAUCCUCUGUGUGCCAAAACCUGCAAGAGAGACGGAACCAUCAAGACCAGUUUCUGCGCCAGUGAAUUUGUGAUUACCGGGAAGGUGAGCUCCCUGGCCCCAGGGCCCAGAGGCACUCUUGUUAUUAACAUCUCCCUCAUAAAGGCCUACAAGGCAGGACGUAUGACAAUCACACAAGUCGGAGAAACCAUGUCUGUGAAGCUGGUGUCACAGUGCAAGAAGUGCCCACUGAUCCGCAGAGGUGGGAACUACAUUAUCAUGGGUCAGGUGGAUGCAGAUGGACGUGGUACUCUGGCUCCUGGUGCAUUCACAGCCCCAUACAAAGCCCCACAUGACAAACUCUUAAUGAACAUCAACAACCAACCCUGCUAACCUCACAUCUGUCCACACCAGGAGGUUCAGAUGAAAUAUCAAACACAGAAACAGUACAAUGUGAAAUACAGAACUAUUGAAGCACAAUAUUAUCCACCAGUUUAAAGGGAACACAUGCCAAACCUUACGUUUGUAAUUUAUAUAUGAAUAAAGGUUUUAUAUCUCUUUCAAAUGGUUUGACUGCAUAUUCAUGUAUCACUCUCUCUCUCUCUGCAGCUACGCCUCUGACUCCACCUAGUGGAUAUGAAGUGUAAUGGUAGUCAAGUGAAGUGACUGAUACAGUCUUAAAAAGUUGUAAUCUUGUUUAGUUUAUUACUGGUCAUUUUGGUACCGCCAAGAUAUCAUGUCUCAGAAUAUUCAUCCCAGAGUUUACUGAAUCUGAUUUAGUCUGGAGUGAAAAAGUAACUGGUUGAGAAAAUGUCAAAAACCUGCUGAUCUGAAACAGUCUCACUAGAACUAGAUCAACACAAAUCUGCAGGCCUGUCUGCCAAAGCUGCUUGUUCUUUGGCAUAUAUCUGUAGACGGACGUAAAUAAGACCAGCUCUAGUCAUUGUUCAAACAGGUAAGCAGGUAAAGAAAAUGUACAGAGAUGUCUCCAUCUGUUUUACAUUGGCAUGUUCUUCCAUAUGUAAAAAAAACACCAUUGUAAAAUAAGCAUAUACUGUUGGUUAUGCUUAUUGCUAAAGCAGACAAUGUGCCUUUUAAAAAGGUUCAUAGUUUAUUGUUUGGGUUUUAUAGGGAUGACUUUUCAAGGCUGUUCAGAAUCAUCAGGCUUUACAACCUAUUUGUCUCUGAGUUUGUCUUUUGUUUGAUUUUUAUGUUUCUGAGUAAUCUGUGCCUUCAUGUUGCAGAAAAUAAUGGCUUAUUGUUAUAUUUAGAGAUUGUUCUUAUAAAUGUACUAUUGCUACCAAAUAUGCUUUUUUCUAUAUUUUAAUAUCAAGUUGUAUCAAUAGUCGGCAAUAGAAAUGGUGGAGACUCAGCAAUAUGAAAAUGUACCUCUGCAGUGAAAGUGGGGAAUUUUUUUUUUAUAGCUUAGCCUUACAGCAAUAGUGGUGUUUGGGUUGGUCUAUCUUAAAAUGAACUAAACUAUAUUAAAAAAAGUACAUGUCAAA